GUCCUCCCCAGCUCUCCAAGGGACGCCACCAACACCUUGUCUUACCACAGGCUAACCAGCCUUCAAGAACUUCAAGAGAUACCGUAACAUUUUCACAGUGAACGAAACGUGUCUAACUUCAGUCAACAGAUCCCCCACCAAGACAGACAUCAUGAACGUGGCAAAGAUCCCCAUCUUUCUCCUCCUCGUCCUUUGUGGCUCCGCGUUGUGCGAAGAGACUAACGACGUCACCGCUGACUCCGACUCUGAAGAGGUUGAAGCAGCAAAACGAGCACCAGAAGUUGCCAAGCGACCCCUUGACUCAGUGUAUGGCACCCAUGGUAUGUCAGGAUUCGCCAAGAGACCUCUGGAUUCUGUCUACGGCACCCAUGGAAUGUCAGGUUUUGCUAAGCGUCCUUUCGACUCGAUCUCCCAGGGAGAAGGUUUGUCAGGAUUCGCCAAGCGUCCUCUGGACUCCGUCUAUGGAACGCACGGUUUAUCUGGAUUCGCUAAACGACCCCUUGAUUCAGUGUACGGCACACACGGUAUGUCUGGAUUCGCCAAGCGCCCCCUAGAUUCGGUAUACGGAACUCACGGUAUGUCAGGAUUCGCCAAACGGCCUCUUGAUUCAGUUUAUGGCACUCAUGGUAUGUCUGGAUUCGCCAAGCGCCCCCUGGACUCUGUCUAUGGUACCCAUGGUAUGUCAGGAUUCGCCAAACGGCCACUCGAUUCCGUGUACGGAACCCACGGUAUGUCAGGAUUCGCUAAACGACCUCUGGAUUCGGUUUAUGGCACACAUGGCAUGUCAGGAUUUGCUAAGCGCCCCCUAGAUUCCGUCUAUGGUACCCAUGGUAUGUCAGGUUUUGCCAAACGUCCUCUUGACUCCGUCUAUGGCACCCAUGGUAUGUCAGGAUUCGCUAAGCGCCCCCUUGAUUCCGUCUAUGGCACCCACGGAAUGUCAGGUUUCGCAAAGCGUCCUCUAGAUUCUGUCUACGGUACCCAUGGUAUGUCAGGUUUCGCUAAACGCCCCCUAGAUUCUGUUUACGGUACCCAUGGAAUGUCAGGUUUCGCUAAGCGUCCUCUAGAUUCUGUCUACGGUACCCAUGGUAUGUCAGGUUUCGCUAAACGCCCCCUAGAUUCUGUCUAUGGUACCCAUGGCAUGUCAGGAUUUGCAAAACGUCCUCUUGAUUCCGUGUAUGGCACACACGGUAUGUCAGGAUUUGCAAAGCGCCCCCUGGAUUCAGUGUACGGCACACAUGGGAUGUCUGGAUUCGCAAAACGAUCUGUCGAUUCCGACGAGGAGGAAGCUGAAACACAGGCCGAAGAGUAAAUUCUGACAAAUUAAAAAAACAACACACACACAGACAAACAAUAAAUAACUGGAGAAAGACACAGGUAAACAGAAUAAACAAUAGAGGGAUACUGCUUAUUUUGUCUCAACUCUUAAAAGCAAUCCACGAACAUAGACACUCUUGUUGAAUAGACUGAUGAUUGGUUAUGGAGGACAAGUAGCUUUAAGACAGAUAUUCAUUCCAAAAGACUCAAUCUGUAUUUAAAUGAGCCAAGAGAGACAUUAGAUAUCAGGAGGAGAAAUAUCUUACUGGUCUUUGGAGAAUUUUAAAAACUCAUUACCAUGCAUUCCAUAAUAACGCCAUACUCAUUACGUCAUUCAAAAGUUGUGACCAGGAAGGCGAGAAGGAAACAAUAUUGCAGCAUCGUGAAAGUAUUUUCAUCAAUUGUACCCUUUGGUCUGAUUCCGCCGAAACAAUUCUGAAAAAAAUGUCUUCGUGGGGCCUGAAUGUUACGUGUCACAACUAACCCUUUUGUUACGAAAUAAAGAUUAGUA